AUGUCUAUGAUCACUACUACCGCUUGGGUGCGGCGCGGUGUCGCAGCCCAAUUCCCCACCAAAUACGAAAUUGAUGAGAAGGAGAUGGAUCGCAUAUCGAAGCUUGCGCGGAUGCAGCUGGAAGAUGCGCAGGAGGAUUUGAAUGCGGCACAGGGUAAUGAUGACUCUGGGAAGAAGGAUGAUGAUGCAAUGGAGGACGAUGCGGAGGAGAAAGGCGAGAAGGACGCAUCAAAAAAGAAAACUGACGACGAUAACGAUUUAAAAGAGUACGAUCUCGAUCACUACGAUAGCGACGAGGUGGAUGAGGAUGGCGAAAAAAUUACCAUGUUCGGCAAUGUGAAGUCUUUAGCAUACCACGAACCCAACGAGGAGGACCCUUACCUAGUCGUUCCAGAGGAAGAAGAUGAUGAGGAACGAGAGGAGCUACAGAUUCUUCCUACGGAUAACUUGCUGCUGGCGGGUAAGGUCGAGGAUGAGGUGGCUCACCUUGAAGUCUACGUUUACGAGGACGCGGCGGAUAACCUUUAUGUGCACCAUGAUAUCAUGCUGCCCGCCAUUCCUUUGUGUGUGGAAUGGCUGGACUUCCCUGUUGGGAAAUCUGCCGAUAGCACUAGUACGACAGGAAACAUUGUGGCCGUGGGAACUAUGGAGCCUGAUAUUGAAGUCUGGGAUUUGGACGUUGUUGAUUCCAUGUACCCCAAUGCCAUUCUCGGCCAGGGCAGUGCGGAUGCGGAAGGUGAUGCCAAAAAGUCCAAGAAGAAGAAGAAGACUAAGGCGAAUGAUGAGUUCCACGUUGACUCCGUCCUUGCCCUUGCUGCCAACCGGCAACAUCGCAACCUCCUUGCUUCUGCUUCGGCCGAUCGUACAGUCAAACUUUGGGACCUGAACACCGCCAAGAGCGCGAAAUCAUACAGCCACCACACAGACAAGGUGUGCUCUCUGGACUGGCAUCCAAAGGAGUCUACCGUCCUUCUCAGUGGUAGCUACGACCGAACCAUCGUCGCUGCGGAUAUGAGGUCCCCCGAUACGAAGGCACGAUGGGGCGUGGAUGCUGACGUCGAAACCGUGCGCUGGGACGUGCACGAUCCCAACUAUUUCUACGUUACAACCGACGGCGGUAUGGUUUACCGGUACGACAUUCGAAACGUGCCUGCCACUCCCAAGGACUCCAAGCCAGUAUGGUCCUUGCAGGCACACGACUCCUCCGUAUCCUCCUUCGAUAUCAACCCGGCCAUCCCCGGCUUCAUCGCCACAGGAUCCACUGACAAGCAAGUCAAGCUGUGGAAUGUCGAGAACGACAAGCCUAGCAUGGUUGUCUCUCGGAAACUGGACGUGGGCAAAGUCUUCUCGACUAACUUUGCGCCGGAUGCUGAAGUUGGGUUCCGCCUGGCGGUGGCGGGAAGCAAGGGCUCUGUUCAGAUCUGGGACACCUCAACCAACGCGGCAGUGCGUCGGGCCUUCGUCUCUCGCAUGCCGUCUCUCCAGGGCGAUGUAAAGGAACGUAUGGUGGGUAUGCAGCCCGAUCAGGAUGAGUCGGAUGAUGAAGGUGCGCCGGAGACUGGUGCUGUAGGAGGCGCGGAUGGCUGGGAGUCGAUGGAUGAGGAUUAA